AAUACAGAUAAAAAACGUAAAAGAGAAGAUGAUGAAGAAGAUAAGCUUGAUAUAGUUGAAGGCUGGUGGACGAUAACUAAUUUUGGUGAAAUCACAGGAACUGUAGCAAUAGAGAUGGGUAUUGGUACCUAUAUCAGUGCUCUUGAUAAUGGCCUCUUCACUCUUGGAGCUCCACAUAAAGAUGAAGGACCUAGUCCUCCUGAACAAUUCACUGCGGUCAAGCUGUCAGAUACAAGAAUUGCAUUGAAAUCGGGGUAUGGAAAAUACCUUGGCAUUAAUUCAGAUGGGCUUGUAAUUGGACGUUCCGAUGCAAUAGGUGCAAGAGAGCAGUGGGAGCCUGUGUUUCAAGAGGGAAAAAUGGCUCUGUUAGCAUCCAACAGCUGUUUUAUCAGUUGUAAUGAAGAAGGUGAUAUAAUAGCCAAAAGUAAAACAGCAGACAAUGAUGAAAUGAUAAAGAUCAGAACAUGUACAGAAAAAGAAGCCAAACAAAAAGAUGACAUUUCUGAAGAAGAUAAAGGAAAUGUAAAGCAAUGUGAGAUCAACUAUGUGAAGAAGUUUCAGAGUUUUCAAGAUCACAAAAUGAAAGUAAGCCAAGAAGAUAGUAAAAUUCUGAAAAAAGCUAGGAAAGAAGGCACUUUCCAUGAAGCACUGCUGGACAGGUACUCUCAUUUAUAUAUUAUUAUUUUAAUAUCUCUUUUAUUUCCAUAUAUAACUCAAGGUGCCAAACAUACCAAUAUUCCUUUCACCACAUAUUUUUCCCACCUGUGUGAGGAGUUCAGUUGAGAGAGAAUGACUAGUCCAAAGUCACCCAGUCACCUUUCAUGCCUAAAGUGGGACUAGAACUCAUAGUCUCCUGGUUUCUAACCUGGUGUAUUAAUCAUGGCAAGCAUGUUCAAGGCACUUCUCAAAUCGCAAGCCCAGAUUUUAUGGUGUUUAAACUUACUGUUAACAUUGGUCAGCCAGAUAUUUAGAUUGGAUUUGGAUUUGUCUUCAAGUCCUUCCUAAGGAUCUGAAACUGAUUUUUUAAAU